CUUCUUUUUUCUUUCUCUCUUCUUUUUCUUUCUUUUUCUGUCAAAUGGGCAAUACAAACUCUACAGAAACAGGCAGACGUGCCAGUAUAUCACAAGAACAAGAACAACAAAGUAAUAGUAGUAGUACUAUUUCUAUUCAAAAGUCAACUAUGAUAGCACCUACAACAACAACAACGACAACAACGACAAUAACAGCAACUCACCCAACAUCAGAUCAAAAGACAGACAUGGAAGUGCUUGUAUCGCCCACAACCGUCAUUCCUGCUCUACCUUCAAUAAAAGAAGACGCACAAACACCUCCACAAAUUAUUGAACCCACAAAAGCAGUGCCAGUCUCUACAGGCAAGAAAUCAGGCUGGGUGUCAAGCACAGGAGGAGCCAGUCCUUGGUAUGGAUCCUUAUCUUCUUCUGCUUCUUCUUCACAUCACCGUGCAUCUAUCAGUGGUCCUUAUUAUCGUACGCGUGGCAUGAGUGUCACACGUGACAAUGAAAAUGAUGAAGAUCUCUCUCAUAUCCCUCAACAAGAACCUACUACACAGAAACCAACAUCUCCGCCCGCUACUCAAGGUGUACCAACCAUCAUUACUUGGUCUCAAGGUGGAAAUAAUGUCUAUGUUACAGGUACUUUCAAUGGCUGGAAGCACAAGAUCAAACUAGUGAAAAGUACACACGAUUUCAGUGCAGUACUUGAAUUGCCUCCUGGCACUCAUAAACUCAAAUUUAUUGUAGACGAUGAAUGGCGAUGUUCAAACGAGAUGGAAACAGCUACGGAUCCAGAUGGCAAUCUCGUCAACUAUCUACAAGUUAUUGAUGACGAAGAAGAUGAGGAUGAGGAUGGGGAUGAAUUUGGUCUAUCUUCUUCUGAAUCCGACGUAAAGAAAUACACAAAUGUCAUUCCAGCUGAAUUAUUACAAUUGGCUUCUAUAAGUAAUGAGCACACAGAAGACGAACAGAAGCGUAGAUCGCUAUUGAUGGAAUGGGAGAAAAAGCAGCCUCAACCACCUGGAUUGCCUCCUCAUCUUGAAAAAGUAUUAUUGAAUUCAAACACAGUGAGUGAAGAAGACAACUCUGUCUUGCAUGAACCCAAUCAUGUCACUUUAAAUCACUUGUAUGCUUGUUCAAUUAAGGACAAUGUCAUGGCAUUAGCAACUACCUCAAGAUACAGAAAGAAGUAUGUUACUACCAUGUAUUACAGACCAGUGAUGGCCAAAGAAAAGAUCUAAUAAACGUUUAUUGAGCA